AUGCACCUAUCCAACCGAUGCACAUUCAACAUGAAUCAAGAUAUGGAAAAAUCUUCGUCGUUUUUGUUUUAUUUUUGUUUUUCUUUUCUUUCUUUUUUACUUGUUUCUUUUUAUUUCUCUCUUUCUUUCCUUCCUGUUUCUUUCUUUCUUUUUUCUUUGUAUUUCUUUCUUUUUUUUUUUUUUCUUUCUUUCUUUUCGUACUUCUUUCUUUCCUGUUUCUUUUUUUACAUUCUUUCUUUUUUUCCCCCUCUUUCUUUCUUCCUUUGGAUCCAUACUCUUUCUCAUUCUUUUUAUAGGAUCAUCAUUUUCUAUCUCUAUCUUUCUCCUUUUAUAGAAUACUCUUUUUCUGGCAGAUCCUCUAUCUCUCUCUUUUUGUCGAAUCUUCACUCUCUCAUCAUGUCUGUCGAAACGCCCUACUCUCUCUCUCUCUCACCCUGUCGGAGAAUUUCUCUUUCUCCCUCUUUUUUAACCAUAUCUGUCUGCUUGUCUGCCUGCCUGUCUGUCUGUCUGUCUGUCUGUCUCUUAUACACUCACACACACACAAACAUAUACGCACACACUCUCUCACUUCUCACUUUUCUUAUCUCUUCACUCGCUUUUUUUCUCUUUUCGGGCUUUGUUCUCUUUCUUCUUUUCUCCUUCUUCGUUUCACGUGUCGCUAUCUUUUUCUUUUUCUUCUUUCGCUUUAUUUCCUCUCUCUCUCUCUCUUAUCUUCUUAUCCUACUUUUCCUUUCUCUCUUUUUCUUUUCUCUUUCUUGCUUUCUCUUUCUUUUCUGUUCUCUCUUUCACUUCUUUUCUUCUAUUUCUUAUUUUCUUUUCUCGUUCGUGUUUUCUCAUUUGGCUUUUUUCUUUUCUCUUUCUUUUUUCUUCUCUUUUUUUCUCCUCUUUUUCCAUUCUAGAUAUCCCCUUCUCCGACUCGCCACUGGUCGGUGUAAGAUGACACCUCAUCAAAUAUUAUUAUUACUCGUAUCUUUAUUGCAAUUACAUGACUUGCCCGCACCUGUCUGUAGACGAAUCUGUUUCUGUUCGUGUUGUUAUGGUGAGUGUGACAUUCUCACCCUCUCUCUCCCUCCCCCUCUCUCUCUCACUCUCUCUCUCUCUCACUCUCUCUCCUUUUUUCUUUCUUUUACAACGUUCUUUCUUUCACUUUCUUCUUUAUUUCAUUUUCUCUUUUUCUUUCUUUUCUCUUUUUCUUUGUUCUUUCUUUCUUUCUUUUCCCUUUCUUCUUUCUGUUUCCCCUUUUCUUUUCGACUUCUUUUGCGACGUCUUUCCUUCUUUUUCUCGAUCUUCAUUUUUAUCACUCUUUCUUCUUUUACCACUUUUUUCUUUUCUUUCCUUUUUCUUUCUUUUCUAUCCAUUUUCUUAUUUUCUUUUCUCUUUUUUUUUGCACUUUUCUUACUUUUUUUCUCACUUCUUUUCUGUCUCUCUUUCUUUCUUUCUUUCUUUCUUUUUCUCUCUCACCUUUUCUAUGUUUUACUCUCACAUUUCUCUCUCUCCCUCUCUCUAUCUCUCUCUACUUCUCCGCUUUCUUUUUUCUUCUUCUCUUAUAUUCCAACCCUGUCUUUUCUUGUUCUUCUUUUUUCUCCUUUUCUGUUUCUUUCUUUGUCCUCUCUAAUUCUAAUUCCUUCUUCUUUAUCACCUUUUUCUCUUUUCGUCUUUCUUUCCUUUUCCCCCUUCUCUCAUAUUUCUCUCCAUUUUCACUUCCUUCUUCUUUCUCUCCUUUUUACCCUUUCUUUCUUCUUUCUCCCCAUUUCCCAUUCUUUCUUCUUUCUCUGUUCUUUCUCUCUUUUUCUCUUCAUUUCCUCUUCGUCUUUCUUUGUCUCCCUUCUUCUUUCUAUACAUUUUCCUCUUCUUUCCAUUUCUCUUCUUUCUUAUUUCUCUUCUGUCCCUGUUCCUUCUUGUUUCACACCAUUUUCCUCUUCCUCCUUCUUUCUCUCCAUUUCUUCCUUCCUCCUUCAUUUACUCCAUUUUCCUCUUCCUCUUUCUUUCUCUCCAUUUCCUCCUUCCUCCUCCUUUCACUCCAUUGUCUCUUUCUCCAUUCACUCCAUUUUCCCCUUCCUCCUUUUUCACUCCAUUUUCCCUUUCGUCCUUCUUUCUCUCCAUUUCCUCCUUCCUUCUCUCCAUUUCCUCCUUCCUCCUCCUUUCACUCCAUUUCCUCCUUCCUCCUCCUUUCACUCCAUUUUCCCCUUCCUCCUACUUUCUCUCCAUUUCCUCCUUCCUUCUCUCCAUUUCCUCCUUCCUCCUCUUAUCACUCCAUUUUCCACUUUCUCCUUUUUCACUCCAUUUUCCCCUUCCUCCUUCUUUCUCUCCAUUUCCUCCUUCCUUCUCUCCAUUUCUUCCUUCCUCCUCCUUUCACUCCAUUUUCCUCCGUCCUCCUUUUUCACUCCAUUUUCCUCCGCCCUCCUUCUUUCUCUCCAUUUCCUCCUUCCUCCUUCUUUCACUCCAUUUCCUCCCUUCCUCCUUUUUUCACUCCAUCUUCCCUUUCUCCUCCUUUCACUUCUUUUCCCCUUCCUCCUCCUUUCUCCCCAUUUCUCUGUACUUUUUCUCCUUCUCUUCAUUUCUCCAUCAUCUUUCUUUGUCUCCCUUUUCUUACUCUCCUUUACCCCUUAUUUCUUGUUUAUAUUCAUUUCUCCUUCCUUUUUUCUAUACAUUUUCCUCUUCUUUCUCUCCUUUUCCCUUUCCUUCUUCUUUUAUUCGAUUUUCCCCUUCCUCCUCCUUUCUCUCCAUUUUCCCCUUCCUCCUCCUUUCUCUCCAUUUCCCUUUCUUCUUUCUCACAUUUACCCCACUUUCUUCAUUCUCUUGAUUUUCCUCUUCCUUCUUUCUCUUGAUUUUCCCCUUCCUCCCUCUUCUCUCUAUAUUUUCCUCUUUUUCUCUCUUUCUGCUCCCUCCCUCUCUCUUCUCCUUCCUUCUUCUUUCUAUAUAUUUUCUUCUUCAUUCUCGCUAUUUUCCUUUCUUUCUCCACUUCUUUCUCUUUUUUUUCUUCUUCAAAAUAUUUGA